AUGAAGUCGACAGAGAUCAUCCAGAGAGCGCUCUUGCUGGGCAGCUUGGCAGCCACCGGGUCAUCCAAGACGAUCGAAACGGGCGAUAUCCUCCAAGGGUAUCCGGUCAUAUCUUCUUUGGAUGUUGAAGAUGUGCCAGCAAACACCAUCUCGCGCUUCUGGCUCUCCCCAGCAGCAGGACAAGGAGGCCUGCCGUACUUCCUUCCCAUAUUCGUCGCGCGAGGCACACCAGAGUCCGCACAAACCGGACCAAGACUCUCCCUCUCCGCCUCCAUCCACGGGGACGAGCUCAACCCCGUAGCCGUCGUCCAGCGCAUCUUCUCCCAGCUCAACUCUUCAAUCUCCUCAGGCACCUUCAACGGCACCGUCAUCGGCCUCCCGACCCUAAACCCCCAGGGAAACUUCCUCAACCAACGCAACUUCUUCACCUCCUCCUCCAACGGCUUCUUCACAGACCUAAACCGCAACUUCCCGGGAGCGAACAUCUCCUCCGGCGGCUCCCUGCCAGAAACCUACACAGACGCCGUCUGGACGCACGUCUGGGGCAACACCUCCAACGUCGACGUCGCCGUCGAUUUCCACACCCUCUCGACCGGCUCGCUAGGACCGCUCUGGUGCUAUGCCGACUAUCGCGCUCCCGGCGUGCAGCGGAUCGCUGAACUCGCUGCGCCGGAUAUGAUCAAGAUCGAUCCCGGCGAGCCAGGUUCCAUUGAGACAACAUUUGUGGAGAAUGGCAUUCCGGCUAUAACGCUUGAGAUUGGACCUGCGAAUCUGUGGAAUCGGACGCUUAUCCAGAGGGCUGUGGAUUUUUCGUUCCGGUUGAUGGGUGAGUAUAAUAUGCUCAACUCCAGCCUUCCAGAUGUUGGCUUGGAGAACACGUAUAUCGCGACAAAUUUCUCAAACCCGAGGGCGUCGUAUAGCGGGUGGGUGGAGCUGGAUAUUGGCGUGUUGGAAGAUGUCGAGGAGGGCCAGGUCAUUGGCAGGGUUGUCAGCUCCUGGGGCGAUAAGUUGGAAGAUAUCAUCUCAGAGGUGACGGGGCGUGUCUUGACGGUCUUGGUGGAUCCUGCCGUUGAGAUUGGCGCGAGUGUGGCGAGCAUAGGGUAUACUGCCACUGCUGAGGAGAGUUAG